UUCUCCACUUUAUGAUAAUAACUGGCUUCAAUACGAGCAUGUUAUUAUUGCACCUGGUUAACUUUAAGUUGCAUAUUGUCAAUAAAUAUUGCAAACAGCUAUCAAGACUUUUUUUCACUCCAAUAAUGACCAAUUCAAGAAUAGAGGAGUCAGUUGUUGAAAUGGCUGUCGACGAAACUGGUUUUGGCAAAUUCAGUUUAAAAGUCACAGUAAUAUGUCUCCUAAUUUAUUUAAAUGCUAGUCUAAGUAUUGUCAGUACUGGUUACAUGCUUCCGGCAUCGUCAUGUGAUUUUAACAUGACAUUAUUUGACAAAGGAUUAUUACUUACUUCAUUUUUUAUAGGUUCUUGUUUCAGUCCCGUCAUCUGUGGAUUUUUAUUAAAUUACAAAGGACGAAAAUGGACUUUACUGUUAACUUUAUUCUUUCAAGGAGUUGCAGAUUUCAUGAUUCCCAUUUUUCCCAACUAUUGGGUAUUAAUGAUAUUAAAAUUUUUUUCUGGUUUCGGAGGAGCGGGGCAAUUGUUUGUUUUCACUUAUAUGGGUGAAUGUUUACCUUCAAAGCAAAGAGAUCUCCUUAUGUCACUAAUGGAAUUAUUCUGGAUCAUGGGAGAUGCUCUUGCAUGCUCAUUAGGCAUGGCAAUUCUUCCUCUAAAUAUUGAUAUAAGAAUACAUUCUUAUUUCUUCCGUUCCUGGAGUUUGUAUAUUUUAAUUUGCUCAGGACUAGCAAUUCUUCUUGGUUUUUGGUUAUUAUUUUUACCCGAAACACCAAAAUAUCUGGCAGAAAUGGGUUCUAGGGAAGAAUUACUAUGGGUCCUAAAGGAUAUGUAUAAACAGAAUACUGGAAAAUCUGGAAAAGAAUAUAUAGAAAAAUUAAUGAAUAGUGGAAAAAUUCCAUUAAUGGAAUUAGUGAAUGAUAGUUAUAAAAAUUAUCCAGAAUUAAUUGAAAAACCAUUGUUGAGUGAAAAAAUUUUAUUGGAAUUGAAGCAAAUAAAAAAAAUUUUGAAACCACCAUUAUUGAAAAAUACAUUUUUGGCAUGUAUGAUUGGAUCUAGUAUCAAUUUUUCAUAUGAUGCAUUCUAUAUUUGGUUUCCUGAGAUAUUUCAAAGAUUUUCCGAAUUACAGGCUAAAAAUAAAAAUGCUAAUUUGAAAUUUUGUUCAAUUUCAAAUGAUAUUAUUAAUUCAGGUCAACAAAUGGAAAAUGAUGCAUUUGACUGUAACAAUCCCAUAGAUACUCAAGUAUUCAUGACUAAUUUAUUAUUAUGUGCCUCGUGUGCUCCGGCAGUAUUUCCACUUUUACUUUUAAUUAAUCGUUUUGGUUUUAGAAUUUUGUUAAUUAUACAUUGUUCACUUUGCUCGGUCCUCAUUCUUGCUCUCUAUUUCGUAAAUUCAUCUCUUCAUAUUUUAAUCAUACUGUGCAUUUACGUACCUCUGAUAUCAACCAGCGUAACAAUGUCAAACGCACUUUUUGUUUCCAUUUUUCCCACUACACACAGAUCAUCAGGAGUAACUUUAACAUCAAUGGCAUGUCGUAUUGGAGCUGUAUUUGGCAAUAUGGCUUUUAGUUAUCUCAUAGAUCGUCGUUGCUUUAUUUAUAUAAUUUUAAUAACCCUACAACUUAUAGUUGGAGCAAUAUCAACAAUUUUAAUUCGUGAGAGAAAGGAUGCAUAAUUAGCAUCUUUGUAUACUUAAUUACAAUUUUAUUAUAUAAGUAGUGAAUUUAUUUAUACUAUUUAUUGUACGUAUUAUACUGAUCCUGAGAAUACGAUUUUUUACUUGAAAAAAAAAUUAAUUUUUUUUAUAAAAAGGAAAUAAAUACGAUUGAAUUA